AUGGAGAAGAAAGAAUCGACCAUCACAGGUGUUUAUGAUGAGGAGCACUCAUCAAAUUUCCUCUCAGAGACAGGAGAGAUUAAGAAAGUCAAGCGUGGGCUUGAGGAAAGACAUGUUGCUAUGAUUGCCCUUGGUGGAACCAUUGGUACUGGUUUGUUCAUUGGUAUUUCUACUCCUUUGAAAAAUGCUGGUCCAGUUAAUGCCCUAAUUGCUUAUAUCUACAUGGCCACAUUGGCCUUCUCAGUCACCCAAUCGCUGGGAGAACUUGCAACCCACUCCCCAAUUGCUGGUUCAUUUUGUACCUUCAAUACUCGUUAUCUGUCAAAAGCUUUAGGAUUCUCCACCAACUGGUGUUAUUGGUUCACUUGGGCCAUCACAUUUGCCAUCGAAUUGUCCAUCGUUGGGCAGAUUAUCGAAUAUUGGACUUAUGCUGUUCCUAUCGGUGCUUGGAUAGCUAUAUUCUUUGUCAUUUUGAUUGGUACCAACUUGUUCCCAGUGUCUUUCUACGGUGAACUCGAGUUUUGGAUCGCUUCUAUCAAAGUUAUUGCUAUCAUUGGUUUCAUUCUCUAUGCCUUUAUCAUGGUUUGUGGUGCUGGUCAAACAGGUCCUGUUGGUUUCCGUUACUGGAGGAACCCAGGCCCUUGGGGGCCAGGUAUCCUAGUGUCCAACGUUAACACUGGUAGAUUCCUUGGUUGGUUAUCUUCUCUAAUUAACGCUGCUUUCACAUAUCAAGGUGUCGAAUUGACUGGUAUCUCUGCUGGUGAAGCUGCCAACCCAAGAAGGGCAGUUCCAAGAGCCAUUAACAAAGUUAUUUACAGAAUUCUGAUUUUCUACCUCUUGACACUGUUCUUCAUUGGUCUUUUGGUUCCGUACAAUGAUCCAGCAUUAAACUCAACUGAAAAUUUCAUCUCAUCAUCUCCAUUUUUAAUUUCCAUUCAAAACUCAGGAACCAAAGUUUUACCAGAUAUUUUCAAUGCGGUCAUCCUAAUGACAGUGAUAAGUGCAGGUAACUCUAACAUCUACAUUGGUUCUCGUAUUCUAUAUUCCAUGGGUGAUUCAGGUAACGCACCAAAAUGCUUCUUAUGGGUGACCAAGUGGGGAACUCCUUACGUCGGGGUUAUAUUCACCGGUAUAUUUGGACUCUUGGCUUUCUUGAAUCUUUCUGAGGAUGGUGCCACCGUUUUCGACUGGCUUGUCAAUAUCACAGCUGUGGCCGGUCUUAUUGCAUGGAUGUUCAUUUCUGUCUCACACAUCCGAUUCAUGCAUAUCUUAAGAAGAAGAGGUUCAUCUAGAGAUGAGUUGCCUUACAAGGCAAAAUGGAUGCCAUGGUUUGCGUGGUACGCUGCAAUUAACAUUUUCGUUAUCUUGUUCAUCCAAGGAUUCGAGGCCUUCUUUGAUUUUACUGCCACUAAAUUCUUCACAGCUUAUAUUUCAUUGAUCUUGUUCGUCGUCUUAUGGAUAGGUUCACAGUUCUCCCUAUACAAGAAUGACCCAUGGCUCAUUCCUAUCGAUGAGGUUGACAUCGACUCAGAAAAGAGGAAGGUUGAUGAAGAAAUAUGGGAAGAGGAACCUCCUAAAACCUUAUGGGGUAAAAUUUGGCAAACCAUCUUAUAG